AUGGCUAGGCUGUCAUCCUGUAUUUUUGAGUGGGAUGCAGGGGACCUCACUCUGCUGAGACGGGCCAAAAGGGAGCAACUCAUCCAACAGGGCUGGCCUACACUGACGGAGGCAGAACUGGACCAUCAUUUAACUAAAGCUGAGCUGCUCCAGCACUGCAGGAGGAGAACACGGGGAGAAGAAACCACUUUCCGCCUCCUUGAUAUGCUCAUCAGAGAGCUCAUGGGUGGCAAGGGGAAUGAUGCUCUUGGUGUUCCUCUACUUGACAGUGUGAGAAUGCAGCACAUCUGGAAUGUCCAGAGGCGGCACGUCACCUGUAUCCAAGACCCUCCAAAUGUGCCGCUCUAUACUGAAACUGGAACUACAAGCAAGGGUGGGGUGGUUCUAAAAACCUAUCGUUGUGCCAGAGGCUCCACAUCCCUGGAAUCAUUUCACUGCCACCUAAGCAGAUUUAUUCCAGGGAAUAGCGCAAACAGCCUGAACUUCCAGAUUUAUCUCCUGGAAGGUUUAUUACGCUGGAAUCAGGACCAGGCUGAAGCUGCUGUUGCAGAUGGAGGUUCAACUCUGCGCUCUUACACAGGGGAGCUGGUUUACUCUGUCAAUGAGAACUACAAUAAGUUGUAUGGCAGGAAAUUGGUCCCUAGCUUCACUCCCCCUGCAGCUCCACCACUGCUCAGUGUCCAGAAUCCUUUAGAUACACCAGUGCCCUCAGCAAUGGCUGUUGACGAGCACUGCAUUCCUGGAAUGGCAUUCCAGAUGGAUGCGUUGGCAGAGUGUCUGGUGGAGCUGCGCACACAGACAAGCCUCACACUUACCAACCAACAAGUUGCGACCAUUGUGGGUUUGUGGCAGAACCUGGACAAAUUUGAUAAAGACAGGGUGGUGUAUGCUGCUCGUCAUCAAGACAGGCUACUUACAGGACAUUUUAGGUCCCCAAAAAAGAAAGCUGUCUUCACUCCUGGUGUCGACAGCACAAAAAGGUGUUUUUUGGGUUCUAGCGGCUCUCCAGCACAGUGGCCUAAUUGCUGUCGCCUUGUUGAAAUGAUUUUCAUAAGGUUAUGUAACAUCCACCGAAGCACCAAGAAACAGCUGACAGAAUCUCUGUCUAGAUGGGAUCUCAUUCUUCGUGAUUACAGAAGAAUUCGGCAGCUAAUCCUGAGCAAUGGAACGGUGAUGAGUGACACAACCCUUCAGCUAGUUGAGGUAAAUCAGAGGACCCUUACGACAUGGCACAAUAUCCGUUUAAAGGGUCAGGAGGUCUACUUGCUGUUGCAAGGGCUGGACCUUCCAGAGGCACGUCCAGUGGCUUUGGAUGCUUUGCCUCCAGCACGAAUACAGCCUGUUGUGCCUCCACAAUAUAGCCACCAGUUGCAUACCUACCAGAUGCCACCAGACACAGCUGGACAGGCAAAGACAAAGUUUAGAAAGAUUGCGCCCUCAGCUACCUGUACAUCUGCCACAGCAACUUCAAUCUGGCCAUCAGCCGUACACCCUCAGCGUUCAGCCACGUCCAGCCAGCUAAGGACAAUUUGUCCCAGGCCGACAGCACCACACCCAUUGGUUCCUGACACACCCACUGCCCCUGUUGUUUCUUAGAUGUUUCUGGUGCCCUGCCCAGCCCCAUUUUCCACCAUUAACCCUGGAGCAAUUUCCUCUGACCCACCUGCAAAUGACACAGCCACUCCAACCAAACGGUCGUACAAUCGCACUGUAAAAGCAAAUUCAUGCAGAAAGUGUGGCCAAUUUCGUACUCAAGAAACUGGCCAUAGCCAGUACAAAGGCAAAAUAUAUUGCCCUAAUAAAGAAACAAUUACGAAGGAGCAGUGGUUACAGAUUAUGAGAAGAUAACUCAUUUAUUUAUGUGUGAUACAUUCAUUUUGUUCUCUUGGUUGGAUCUGUUCUGUUUUUUAUCUUCCAGCCAUAUUUAAUGUUAAAG